AUGCCGGAGGUAAAGACCGUCACCGCCACUCAAUUCCGAAUGCCCGAGGUGCAGCCGGUCGCAUCGGCGACCAUGAUUCGGCAUCGAACACCGAGUCGGACAAGGGCGAAACGCCCGAGGAUGCUGUGCGUUGUGUGUUCGGACGAGACGGGCAAUUUCAACUUUGGCGCACAAGUGUGCCGCGCUUGCGCCUCCUUCUACAAACGAUGCAUCAUGGAGAGUAAGCGAUACAAAUGCUUGACUGGACUCUACAAAUGCGAUAUAAAACAGGGUAUGUUCUACGGCUACAAACCUUGUAUUUUAAUUAGGUGAACCAAAAAAGAGGCGUUUUUCAAAGUUUUUUUUGUGUUUUUGAUGAUUUUUUUGACGACUGACAAGGGAGGUUUCCCAAGUGCGACGGUCGGGCUAUAUUUUUUUUGCACACGUUCAGUAUGUAUCCCACAUAAAUUUGUGGCAGUUUUAGCUCGCGCUUUGCAGACGCAGACGAGAUAUUCAACAAUCUUUGUAGCCACCGCUAGCCGUCACAAAGCGAUGAUGUGCCAUCCCAAAACCUCAACAUGUUCACAUUAUUUUCAGGACAUGUCGGUGCCAUUUUUGAACAAUAUAAAUAGAUUGAUGUUUGGCCGAAACAUUGCUCUUUCUAUUCAAAAAACCUCGCCAAAUGUUUUACCAAGCCUCCUACAAAAAAUAUGAGUUGUAUAGGAGAAGCGCGAGCUAGGAAACUCGUUUAUCUCGUAUAUGACUUCAAAAAGGUACAGUCUAAAUUCUCGUCAAGUUACAUUAAAAUCUGACCGUCGAACUUGUACACUUCCUUGUGAGUUUAAAGUGGAAACACCUCGUAUAUUCUCGAAAAUUUACCGCCGAUUUCUAGUAACGAAUUGUUCGUUCAGACCGCUCCGACCGAACCAAAUGCAAGGCGUGCCGUUUCAUGAAGUGCGAACAAGCCGGAGUCCAUGUAAAAAGUAGGUUAAUCGUGUUUACUUUUAUCUGCAAUCUUUAGUCGAUGAGGAACAGUUGAAAGCUAGUACAGAGAAGCAGAUCCCAAAACCGGACUUUCUAAACUUGCCGUUGCUGACAAAACUCGUCGAAGGGCUCACAAAGUAUCAUGCAGCGCAACACGAGGUCAUCAAAAGGCAGCAUCCGGAGGCAGAUUUCUCGCAUGGAGUCGUAAGUUGGUACAUUUUUAUAAGAGCUAAGUUUUGCCUAAAAAAAGUUGUUCAUUUCAAUGUCUGUGCAACUUCAACUUGUUAAUAAGAGCCUUAUCCAAAUUGAAAGCUAUUAGCGAGCGUUGGACCUAUGAAAUUUUGAAUCUAUAAACCCCUAUGCUGAAUUGCGGGCUAAAAUUCCGCUGAAUUCUUCAUUAGUUCUUGUCGCGAUUUUUGCUUUGUGUCAAGCACUUUACGAACGCUUCUAGAAAGACUUAUCGCACAUUUCCGUUGCCCUUUAUGCCCAAAAUUAAGGUUAGACUCUUCUUCAUUUGAAAAUCAAAUCAUUGCUUUGUAUCUUUUUGAAAGACACAAAAUAUUGAUGAACUUGGACUGUUUCAAGGCCGUUCUCGGUGCGAAAGUGCGGGCGAUUAGAUUGUUACACCAGAUAGACUUGUUUCUUAUGCAUUUCUUUAACAUUUCCGAGCUCUUGAGGGUCAUACUUUAUCCAAAAAAAUCUUCUUUAGUAUGGAAUCCUUUUAUCAGUCCGUCGAGGAAAUAAUGUGGAUUUGUGGAGAAAAACUGUCAAGACUCGCUGCAGUCGAGCGUCGGAUCCCCAUUAUUUUCCCGAAAGACUGAUAUUAAACAAAAAAUAUAUAAAUAUUUCAUCUCGUUGUACAGAGGUCCCCUUGUACGUAUAAUAUAUUUUUUAAAACGCAUGUGGUCCGGCUAAAUCAACAAGUCUUCUUUCAGUUCAUCACAACCAAAAAGACAGAUAUUUUCAAACUCGAGUGUGCGGUAAUAGAAGACCUCUACAAUGUGCUGGUUAAAUACUUUGGGCCCUUCGGCAACUUGCCACGGAACGAUCAGGUAAAAAAUUAGAUUUUUUUUUGAAUUUAUGGACUUUGAUUCAUAACCCAGGAGAGGAGUAGUACUUUCGUAAACUGCAAGGACUCCACAGUGCAUUUUAAACUUUUUUCCACGUUUAUCGCUAACGCACAGUGCAAAUUCCGAUACAUUAUACACGGUGCAAAACGCGACGAAAUGUCCACGCACUUUAUGAAAAUGCAUAACUCUAUGAAGCACUAAUCUCAUUAAUUUUUUUCGUACGUCUUGUGAAUUGGCCAUGCGUCAAUACUUGAGAAAUCUCUAUUUUUUUAUUUCUUCCCAAUUUUGGAUACACAUUUUUUGGUUUGGAGUCUUGGAUUUUAUAAAAAAUGUAGGCUAAAAUCCUCGCAAACUUAGUCUGUAAUCGUCAAAUCACCCUACACACAAAAAAUGUCAACUUGCAGAUAAAAAUAAUGGGCGAAGCAUACCCCGAAUUUAGAACCCUGAAUGAGUGUCAUCUAACCAGUUACUAUUGCCCUCGCCUAGAAGAUAAUCGGAUAGUGUUUGGGCCUGGAUAUUGGUCGGAUCCGGCGAACGUCGACUACGAAUGGUACUUCAAGGGCUUCCUGGAGCCCGAUGAAAUUCAAAUCUACAGAAAGUAGGGCCAUAACCUUACUUUUUAACCCAAAAAUCCAAAUUUCAGCCUGGUCGCACCAUUCACAAUUCGCUUGGCCGAAAUUGUCAAAAGAUACAAACUUUUAAACACCAACUCGUUCGACUCGGUGGUGCUAAUGCUGCUUGUGCUUUGGAAGCAUGGUAAGUAUGCGAGACAGCGGUUUGAGCCUCUGUUUAUAGCCGAUUUCAACGGAAAAACGACGAAAGAAAUGGAGCAGUUCAAGGAUAAGGUGAUGAAAGAGUGGACUUGGAGUCUAAAACAGCGAUUUCCGGGCCGAUACAACGAAAAACUGUCGGAGAUUAUGAACUUUUAUCGGGAGUUUGAUGUGAGUUACGGCAAAGUCAUCAAAGCUCCGUUAAGCCAGUAAUAAACCUCUUAUUUUCAGAAAUUCUCCAUCGAAAAUAUGCACACAAUCACACAGAUCAAGAUCCUCCGUUCCAAACGAGUACAGGACGAAGAAUGCAGCAUCGAAAAGGCCCUCAAAGACCUGAUUGUGGCCAAAUAA